AUGUCAGGUCGAUUUUCUGGAGUGCAAAAAAGGAUUGCUAAUGUCCAGCCAAAGUCAGUGUACAUUCAUUGCAGCAACCACUCCCUCGAUCUGGCCCUACAAGAAGUCGGCCGUGGCAAUGAAUUGGUUGCCGAUGCUCUAACAACUGUGAAAGACGUUUCAAAUAUCAUCCUGGAUUCAGCAAAGAGGAAAAGUGUUUACAGCAACAUCGUUCUUCCUUCCAUGGGGGAAAAUUCGGAUCGUGGUCCACCGCCAGCCGCCCUGCUUUCUUUGUGUCCGACACGAUGGGUGGUUCGGGUGAAAUCUGUGCAAAGAUUCCUCGAAAAUUACGAACGAGUCCGAGCAACACUUUGGGAAAUCCUCAAAACUCCAGGUUCAGUUCGAGAUGACCGCAAAGCGGCUAUGAGAGGAUAUGAGAAGAUUCUGGGUAAUCUAGAAACAGUCCUUAGAUUAAACGUGGCGAUCGCUGUUUUCGGGCCAUGUGAAGAACUCGCAAGGAUACUGCAAGGCGUUCAUUACAGCGCCACUGGGGCCAGACAAGCUGCGAAGAUCCUUACACAGACCUUAACACAACUAAGAUCGGAUGUCAGUUUCAAAAGCAUCUGGGAGGAGUCGAAUGACGCGGCGGAAAAGUUGGGCUUGAAACAACCGUCUGCCAAACCACCGAGGCCUGCAAAACCACCGGCACGAUUCGAACAAACCAGCACCCCAGCAAGACCUGCAGUUCUUGAUGCGAAGACAAGGUUGAGAAAGGAGUAUUCUGCGGCGAUCGACUGCGUCACAAGCGAAAUCAGCAGUAGGUUUGACCAGCCCGGCAUGGAGAGACUAGCGACGCUAGAGAACGUUCUGAUCCACACAGCAGCUGGACAGCAUUUCAGCGCGGAGCGUCUGAGAGACGAACUCGGCUCUCACGCCCCUGACUUUGAGCUAGGAAGGCUUGGCGCACAGCUCAUGCUCCUUCCGACCAUCUCAGCUGCACCAAUGAAAAAAGUUGAAGAUCUGGUGCAAGCCCUAAAUGAAAAUUCUCAGACGGUGCGCAACCUCCUUGACCAGGUAGUAGCCCUGCUAGAACUUUUAUUGACCGUGCCUGCGUCGGCGGCUACAGAAGAACGCUCUUUCAGUGCCCUGGAGAGAGUCCAAACGUGCCUGCGAAAUCGGAUGACUCAGAAACGCCUCGGCCAGCUGCUUCUGCUUCAUGUCCAUAAGGAGAAGACCAGGCAGCUUGACUUGAACGCUGUGAUGGGAGAAUUCGUCUCCAGAACCGCUGAGCGGUCAGCUACUUUCGGCGUGAUUGCGCAACUUGCGUCAUGA